GUGGAGGACCACCAGGCGUCGCUCGUUGCUUCCCUGUCGCGGAGCGCCGCCACAGCUGCCGCCUUCCCUCCGGCCGCUCAGCUCGACGCGGCUGCUCCUACUGGAAGAGGCUGCUGCCCGCGUCGGGGAGCGGGGGCUCUGGGGGCGCAGCUGCCAUGGCGGGGCCCGAGCCGGAGUUGAUGAAGGUCGGCAGCUGCAUCGUGGCGGACGCGCAGCAGGACUUCGGGGCCCAGCUGCUGCAGCCCCGGUCGUUCGGCGGCUACAUCUUCCAGCCGAAGCAGGACUGGGAGCUCGCCCCGGGGGACCUCGGGUUCCUGCGGGGCACCAGCAAGGCCGACAGCGAGCGGCAGAGCCUGGUGUACCUGGUGGUGGGCCUAUUCCUGUCCUCCAUCUCGUUCGUGGGCUUUCUGGCCGCGAUCUAUAUGCGCCUCACCACGGGGAGCUGGUGGCGCGACCCAGUCUACAUCCGCUCCAUCCCAGGGAGUAGCAUCGACCCGUUCGUUUCCGUGCACGGCGCGGUCGGCAUGAGCUGGCUGGGGGUCAUGACCGCGCAGCUCGUCACCGGGGCCUGGCCCUGGGGCGGAAGGCGGAAGGCGCUCCGAGCGGCGCACGUUUGGCUCGGAAGGGCCUCCGCACCCCUAGCCGUCUGUUUCUUCUCCACGUCGGGGUUCACCUUGCUCGCUGGCCUGAUCGUGGAGCCCCUCGGCGUCGGCUACAACUCUAUCUUCGUGCGGUCGCUUCAGGCCUGGUCCGUGUUCCUCUCUGCCGUAUUGUACCUGUUCGGCAUCAUCCAGGCUCUGCACCGAAACAUCGCGGUGCACAAGGACUGCAUGCUCGGCUCCAUCGUCUUCGCCCUGGUCCCCGUGGGCGUCCCCCGCUUCGGAAGGGACCUGCUGCAGUGGUCGGUGGGCUCUGGCUGCAACGUGUCCUCCACGCCGGAGCACG